AUGGCCCCACACGCGCCUGGUAACCUGGUUAUCCAGGCCAAAGUACAGAUGACGGCCGUCGACCCGACGACCACGCUCAGCUCUUCCUCUUGCGCUCAGGCAAACCCGCAUGCUACUCAGACAGGCUCACAGGCGGCCCUCAAUGCGUGGCUGUUACGUUGCCAUUUAUUUGUGUUUGAAAAGUUGGCUCGGCCCAGACAAAAGGAGAUCACCAAGUGGAUCGGCUUAUCGCUUGAAAAGGGCGUACUUAUUUCAACACCAGGAACGAAUAAAUGA